GUGUGUGUGUGGAUCAAGUCGCAGCAAGGCACAGGCACAGGCACAGGGCACGUUCGUGUUUGGCCCCCAGUUUGUCCGUGUCAGUUGAUUCCAUUUGACGCAGUGUCCGAAAACUAAACGCAUCGAUCGCUAAUUGCUGAAUUUACUCGCUGAUCGACAGCUCGGCCAUGAUAUAGUUAGAUAGAGAGAGACAGAUAGCAAGUGAGUAAGAGGGAGAGAGAGAGAAAGAGAAGGCGCAUGCGCAUGGGCAUUGAGCUUGUUUUUGCCUAGUUAGUUGGGCCAUAUCAGCGAGUGCGUAAGUGGACCGGGCUCGUUCGCUCACUCGCUCGCUCGCUCGCUAGCUGGAUCGCCGAAUGGCAUUUUUAUGGCUUAUUGAAAACGGAACAACAGUCAAAAGCGCGCGCACCGCUCGAUACAAACGACACAAGCCACCAGUCAGCAGCACCCACCGAAAAAUGUAACCAAAGCCCCAAAGCGGAAAGAACCGUCGCUACCGUCGUUAACAAUCAUCGCACUCGUCGCGUCAAGUGGAACGCGAUAUGAAUUGAAUUGAGCCCCAAAUUGCACUAAAUGGGAUUGCCAUAAAUGAAUUAGUAUUUGAAUUGGAUUCAAUAAUAAAUCAGGCCGCGCCGUGACACGACAACUAUCGUGACAAAUUCAUUUGCCUCUCCGCUAUUAAAUAGUUAUUAUAUUUGUACACAAAUUAAAAAGCGAUCGCGCAUUAAAUAUCGAUCCGGGCGCAGUACAAAAUCGUGCAAAUAAUUGCCGCCGGCUCAAAAGUUAAUUGAAAUCAAUGUGCAAUUAAGAAGCCGCCCAACCACCCAAACAACCUACCACCCACCCAGUGCCAAGUGAUUCGUAUAAAUAUAUAUAAAAAUAUCUAAAAAUUUGUCACAAGUUUUUUUUGUUGUUUGUUUUUUUGUUAUUGUUGUUGUCCUUUGGAAGGCACGCCAACGGCCAAGAGCGCCAACAAAUUUUAAUUAUGAGCAACUACAAUCCGAAUUGCGGUUACUUUGAGGAUUGCAGCUAUUAUACAAACAAUGUAUAUCAGCCGGAUUAUUGCAUGCAGCCGGAUUAUGAAUACAACAAACACGUCUACGACCUCUUUGAUGCCAAGGUGCCGUCCUCGCAGCGCUCUGGCUUUCAUAUAUCCGACAUACUCAAUCUGGAUGGCUCGGAGCUGAAGAGUGCCGCAGCAGCGGCGGCAGCGGCAGCGCAUCACAGCAGCCACAGUCAUAGCGCUGAGCUGGGCGCUGAGUCCAGCAAUGGCCAUGGCCAUCCUACACCCACGGCUCUGUCGCCCACGCCCAACCCAGCGCUGCCACCGCCGCCGCCCAGUGGGACAGACGAGCAUGUGACGCCCGCAGCCCAUGGCGAGCAUCAGACGACGGAGCACAAUGCCCACCACCACCUCCAGCAGCAGCAGCAACACCUCCAGCAUCACCACCAACAGCAGCAGCUCCACCAUCCGCAUCUGCACCAUCAGUCGCAUCAUCCUGUCGCACCGCUGCCCUUAUCGCAUCACCAGAGCUCGGGCGGCGCUCAGCCGCCCAUGCCCCAUAUGGGCGCCCAUGCCAAUGCCGCCUCCGCACAGGCCGCUGCCCAUCUGCUGGCCAGUCACAAUGCAGCGGCCGCCGCGGCUGUGGCCGCCGGCCAAUACGAGAUGUCCUCGUACCACCACAUGGCCCAGACAAUGCUCACCCACUCAGGUCGCAGCGCGUGGAUCAAGGAGAACGAGCUCUAUGGCACUCAACAGCCAGCUAGUCCGGAUAGCACCUCGCCCGUCACCUCAGAGGUCUCCUACACAUACAUUGGCUCCAAUUGCCAAACGUCGCCCGCUCUCUCUGGCGACUAUAAGAGCUACAGUCGUUCGGCGGACAGUGAUGCGCUCUCUGUGGGCGAUGCGCUGCAUACGUUGCAUGGUAGCGGUGCAGCCGGUGGCACGUCAGCGGCGCAUGCGUUACAUAACAACAACAAUAACAACAACAAUAAUAACAACAACAAUAACAAUGACAAUAGCCUGAAGCACGAUGCAGGCGCCGGCAGCGGCAGCAACCACGACGACAGUCUCAAUGAGGACGGCAUCGAGGAGGACAUCGAUGAUGUGGACGACGCGGAUGGCAGCGGCGGAGGCGGCGUCAAUGCCGACGGCAUGCCCAACAAGAAGCGCAAGCGACGCGUCCUCUUCACCAAGGCGCAAACGUACGAGCUGGAGCGACGCUUUCGCCAGCAGCGCUAUCUGAGCGCCCCGGAGCGCGAGCAUUUGGCUAGCCUGAUACGCCUGACGCCGACGCAGGUGAAGAUCUGGUUCCAGAACCAUCGCUACAAGACCAAGCGAGCCCAGAACGAGAAGGGCUACGAGCACACCGGCAUGAUACACGGCAAUGCCAUACAUCCGCAUCAUCCGUCGGCGCUGCCCUCGCCACGCCGUGUCGCCGUGCCCGUGCUGGUGCGCAAUGGCAAGCCCUGCCUGGGCGACGGCUCCAAGCUGGCGCAGGAUUGUGUUAGUACAGCGACUGCCAUGCAGAAUGCCGCCGCACAUCAUUUGGUGGCACUGAAUGGCGCCGCUGCCUAUCAGCAUGCGGCUGCUGCCGCAGCUGCUGGCCUCCACGCCCACGCCCACGCGCACGCCCAUCCGCACGCGCAGCGAGCCGCCUGGUGGCCCUAAUAUUGCUAGCUGCCUAGGUUCGAGUUGGCCGACCUGAAUGGCAGCGGCCAAAUGACUGCUAACUCGAAUACUGGACAAUAAGCUAGCUGAGCUACGUCGAUCGGGCAUUCGAACGAACAAACAAACAGAAAUUGGUGCAAUAAUAAAUGGCGAGCCGAGUGGUUGCACUUCAACUACCCAGACUAGUCUUGGCUCAAAUUGCGAGCGCUCUGCGCCAAGCUAAGAUUGUUGUUGCUUCUGCCAACAACAACAAAUAUCAUUCGUGUAAUAAACAAAGAAGAAACCCUUUUUUUUCCCUCAGCUCUAAAGCUGCGGGCCAUUUAGUCGUAACUAUUUUUUUUACCCAUUUUUUUUUCGCACAAAAGUCGUUAAUACCUAAAGGAAAGUAAAGAAAAGUUAGUAAUAGAAAGCAUUUUUUUUCGCUUAGCAUUAGUUAAACGUAAUAAUAAUUUUAUUCAAAUAUAAAAU